AUGCCGCCCAAACGCAAAGCCUCCGCCGCAGGCCUCGCCGCUCCUGCACCAGCUCGAACGAAGCGCCCGAUACCCCUACCUACCGACGCGGCCUCCGCAGCACCACCGCCUUCAAUGCCCCCAAAGCGGCGAGCCUCCGCGCGGGCGGCGGCGAAGAUUAAUGAGUCGACUAAUCCACAGCAGAAUGAGGAGAUAUUAGACGCACCAGAUGCGUUACGCGCCUCGCCGGACAGCGAUAUCGACAUGAGAAUCACGCCGGGGCAGGUAGCAAAGGGUGACGAGAGCGAUUUGUCCUCGCUAUCAGAAGAGCCGGAGCCGCAACCAUCACCAGCCAAGAAGAAACAGCGCGUAGCACCCGCCAAACAAGACAAGGCCAAACCGCAGGUCAACGGCGCGGUGCAAGCCGCCAAUGCCACAACGCCCAAGAAAGCCCCCACAAAAGCAAGCGCUAAGGCCGACGAGGGCAUGGCCGGUGAUCCAGAAGCCGAAGAUGCAGAAAACGGUGAAGCCGAUGAAGAAGAGCUCAAGCAAGCGCUCAGCCGUCCCCCGCCCGUAAACUCAGAUUACCUGCCUCUGCCCUGGAAAGGCCGGAUAGGAUACGCGUGCCUGAACACGUAUCUGCGCUUCUCGACCCCGCCGGUCUUUUCCUCCCGCACCUGCCGGAUCGCGUCCAUAAUUGAGCAUAGGCAUCCCCUACGCGAUCCUUCGCAGCCGGAGCACGCGACAAAGAAUCGGCCGGAUAAGGAGAAGCCUGCUGAUGUGGUAAGGGGGCAAAAGUACGUUGAGGAGAUCGGACUUGCAAACGCGCGGGAUUUGGUGAAGAUGUUGCGGUGGAAUGAGCGGUACGGGAUCAGGUUUAUGAGGUUGAGUUCCGAGAUGUUUCCGUUUGCGAGCCACGAUGAGUAUGGGUACAAGCUUGAGCCCUUCGCUGCUGAGGUGCUGGCGGAGGUCGGGAAGGUGGUCGCGGAGCUGGGGCAUCGGGUUACGACGCAUCCGGGACAGUUCACACAACUCGGCUCCCCCCGCAAGUCCGUCAUCGAAGGCGCAUUCCGUGACCUCGAAUACCACGAUGAGAUGCUCUCGCUCCUCGAACUCCCCCCACAACAGAACCGCGAUGCCGUCAUGAUAAUGCACAUGGGCGGCGUCUUCGGCGACAAAGCCGCAACCCUCGACCGCUUCCGCGAAAACUACGCCAAACUCUCCCCGUCUAUCAAAGCGCGCCUCGUGCUCGAAAACGACGACGUCUCCUGGAGCGUGCAUGAGCUCCUCCCCGUCUGCGAGGAGCUCAACAUCCCCCUCGUGCUCGACUACCACCACCACAACAUUAUCUUCGACAAGACACAGAUCCGGGAGGGCACCAAGGACAUCAUGGAGUUGUAUCCACGGAUCAGCAAGACCUGGACCCGCAAGAACAUCAAGCAGAAGAUGCACUACUCCGAGCCCACUCCCGCGGCCAUCACGCCGAUGCAGCGGAGAAAGCACAGUCCGCGCGUCGCGACGCUGCCGCCGUGCGCGCAGGACAUGGAUCUCAUGAUCGAGGCCAAGGACAAGGAACAAGCUGUUUUCGAGCUGAUGCGCAACUUCAAGCUUCCGGGCUUCGACAGCUUCAACGACGUGAUCCCGCAUGUGCGCAAUGAUGACAACAAGGCGUAUGCGCAGCAGCAGAGCCGGCCGAAGAAAGCCACGCCCAAGAAGGCGAAGGGCAAGAAGAAGGUCAAGGACGACGAGGACGCGCUGUCUGCCGCCGAAGACGCCUUGGAAGCAGAAGCGGAGGCGGCGGUGGAAUCGAAGCCAAUUCCGGAGGAGGAAGUCGGGAUGGGCGGGCCGGAGGGGCGGGUUUACUGGCCGCCGGGGAUGGAGGACUGGCUAAGGCCGAAGAAGAGGGAGGUCACGAAAAAGGAAAAGGCGCCGGAGCCGGACGGGCCGAAGGUCAUGACGCCGGCGAUUAAACGCACGGCGGCUGCGGCGGACCUGGCGGAAAGCAAGGGUAUGAAGCUUACGCCAGCGCAAAAGAGGGCGAGGAAAGCUAUCGCGGAAAUCGAGGCGGCGGGGCAUUCUGCGGCGGAAGCCGAGGAGGCCGCUGUAAAGCUUGAGGACGCGGAUGGAAGCGUGAAUGGUGCUGCUACGCCAGCGAAGAAGAAGACAAAGGCAGCGCCUGCAAAGGAGAGGAAGAAAAAGGAAGUAAAGGCUGCGCCGACACCGAGCACCAGCAACGAGGAAGAGGAUGCGUCUGAGCCGUCGGGUUUGAGUGACGAAGACGAUGCGGUGCCGGUGAAGCCUGCGGCAAAGGCUACGGCCGGCGCAAGAAAAAGCGGCAGGGCAGGCAAAGCGAAGGUGUCGUAUGCCGAGCCCGAGCUAACAGAGUAG